ACAGUCUUGUGCUGUAUUUCCUUUAAAAAAUAGCAUAAUAGUUGGCGGUGCGAUAAGAGCAGACCGUCCAUUGAUAAACCGAAAGUAGGUCACAUGUGCAGAGUUCAAUUCCGGGAAUCCCUAUUUGUACUUUCCUUUCCUGUUCCAGGAAUGCUUGACUUUUUAUUAUGAUAUCUUCUCGGAAAUUUGUCAAUGCGUUUAGAUUUCAAGGUAUGACCUGCAUUUCACCAGAAGUCGGAACAAUUUUCUGUUUCGCGUUCACAGGAUAACGUAUCAUUGACUUAGAGAAAAAACUUGUAGAAAAUUUCACUAGGUUAGGAUAUAUUUCUGAAAAACCAUCUGAAGUACAUGCCAGGAAUAACAAUUACUGUUCCCCAAUGCCGAACUAUGAAUGGCGGUAGUGACCUGCCCAGUGUACAGGAUGCAGAAAGUACUGCCCAUUUUUUAGAGUCUGUGUUCAGUUCCCCUGAAAUCAGUGUUUUAUCAUCAGAGGCUAAGUGUCAGAGGUUUGUUAAACACUACAAUGACCUAAAUCCGGAAGAGAAGUUAACAUUCCUGAAGGUCCUGUCAAAGCAGUAUGGUGUGCAUCAGGACAGUGUUGUACUGGCUGCACAGGGAGUUACUAUGGCAAAGGAGCGUGGCGAAGCUGCUUUACUGAAAUCUGAGGAGAGGUUACGCAACAGUCUGGUUCCUCGCUUCCAACAGCUGUUCCAGAAGAUUGGCAGAAUAGAGGGCGGUGUCAAAUUCUUGGUCAACAUGAGGGCUGACAUACUGACUAAAGCCCCAACGAUUCACUGUGAGAAGGAGUUGGCUAGACUAAGAGUGCUACAGAACUCUAUCAGGGAGCUGUUGACAUUCUGGUUCUCCGUCGGAUUCCUCAAGCUGCAGCGUAUUACCUGGGAAUCAUCUUGUGACAUGGUCCAGAAGGUUUCAGAUUACGAAGCUGUUCACCCAAUUAGAAAUUGGGCAGACCUGAAGCGACGUGUGGGCACGUAUCGUAGAUGUUUUGUGUUCACACACAAGAGCAUGCCUAAGGAACCAGUGGUGGUUCUCCACACAGCCCUCACACAAGACAUAUCUAAAUCUAUACAUUCCAUCAUUAGUACACCGUCUUUAGGCCAAGUCAAACAAGCUGUCGACAGUCCUCCAGCUGCCGAUACGGAGGCUGAAACUUUGACAGAGGAUCAAUCAAAAAUAUCUGCUGCUGUGUUCUACUCCAUCACAUCUACACAGAAGGGUUUACAAAGUGUUGACCUUGGUAAUUAUUUAAUCAAAAAGGCAGUUGAGGAACUUCAAACAGAGUUUCCAGGAAUCCAUAAGUUUUCCAGCCUUUCUCCGAUUCCUGGUUUCAAAGAUUGGCUUAUUACAGAGAUCAACAAAUCUUUAAAAGCUGCAAGUUUGUCUGAGAGUGUAGAGCCACCCCUGUUGUACCAGUCAGAAAUCCAGAAGUUACGAGAGAUAGUGGAGCCAGAGAAUGCUAACAUGGUGACUGUGCUGAAGGGUGUCUUACAGAAUCAUACUUGGGUGUCUAAUGAACAUGUGUGUCAGGUGUUACAAGGACCUUUGACGCGGCUCUGUGCUCGCUAUUUAUACACAGAAAAACGGCGAGGAUAUGCCCUGAAUCCAGUAGCAAAUUUCCACUUAAGUAAUGGAGCUGUCCUUUGGAGAAUUAAUUGGUUAGGUGACAUGUCAAUGCGAGGUAUCAACCAAUCAUGUGGUAUGAUGGUGAACUAUCGAUAUUUCCUAGAAAGUACAGAGGAGAACAGUCGCAAAUACCUAGAACUUCGGGAAAUAACUGCAUCCGAGGAAGUGAAAGAGUGGGCCAAACUGACGUUGUGAAUUUGAUGUUCAUAAAUAAUCAUGAACCAUAUUGUCAUGUUUUGAGAGAAAGGAUGACAUAAAUCAUUAUUUAAAAAAAAAAGACAUUGUAAAAAUCCUUGCAUGGGUUAAAGUGACUGAUUGUGUGUAGAACCAUGUAUACGUACGUGUGUUUAGUCAGAUAUUUACAGGUGUCAUAGUGAAGCUUUAUAGUAAUCUUGUUAAUAAUAGAUAUAAAAUGGUGUUUUCCCUUUGUCUAUCGUUAAGGAAAUUCUUCUUAAUUUUUUAAAAUAUCUCCUAAUAAUCAUUUGGAAAAUUUUGCUUUAGGUGUGUGCUUCUAAAUAUAAAACAUGAGAGGUUUUAUUCUACCAAACUUAAAAUUUACGUUUCUCAUUGUUUAGCUCUCAAUCAACUUUAAGUAUUUUUUUUAAUUUAAUAAGUAGAAAUUGAUCAUGAAAAUUAGCUCUUUGCAUAUUGUAAUAUUACUGUCCACGAAUGAUGAAACAGUUGUAUGGUGCAGUUAAAUUAAUUUUAGGCAAACUUUAUUUAUUACCAAUUUUUAUAGGAGUAUAUCCUUAACCCUUUCACCACUGUGGACCAUAAUGGACUCAUCCAGAUUAAUGUUUUGUAGAGUUUACUAAAGUUACAUAGGGGUAAAAGUGUUAUACAUAUAAAAUGAAAUGUAUCGAAAAAGACUGUAAACAAUGACUACGAAGAGUCAAGUUUUUCAUACAUUGCAUUGUAUAAUUGAAAGAAUGAAUAUUCACCAGAUUGCAUUUUUGGAUACAGUGUAUCACUGUAACUGUUCGAUUUUGUCUUUACCAAUAGUAUUGAAUUAUGAAAUAUUAUGUCAUUCAUUGUAAUAGAAAAGUCAUGUUUAUGUGUAAUGGCUAGUAUUUGUGUAAGGUUCCUCUGCCUAAAUAUUUAAAUUUCAUUCAUAGCCACCAUUUAACUAACAUUGUAACCAAGGGAGGUAAGUACAUUGCAUUAAGCCUUUUAUAUUUUCCAUAUUGUUACUAUUUAUACAAGGUGUUUACAUUUUUUAGCGCGGAACUCUUUUGAGAUGAAGAAAUAUAUCACAGUUAUGCAAAACAUCGGAUUAACAUUAUUUUUUCUUAAUCCUAUCAGUGGUACAAUUUUGAAACCAUUUAUUUAACAAGAUAGUAACAUUUAUUUUAUUAUAACAGAUAUUACAACUUACAGUAAGUCAUGUCUUGAAAAAUGAAAAAGAAGCAUAUAGAUAAUAGAAUAUAUGCACUACUUCAAGUAUGUAACCUACACACAUAUUUGCUGCUUUCGAGUGUGAACUAUCCAUAUACACAAGACAAUUAUGCUGACAAAUAUUUUACACAUCUAAAAUAUACAAUAAAUCAUGACUUAAAACCCAGAAUAAGGAAAACAAGCGCUGAUUGCAAAAUUGGAUGUAUAAACACAAUUAAGAACGUCGUUUAAAAUGAAAUUAUACAAAACGGGAAGUACUGUUUUUUUCUUUAAAACAUAAACACUGUUUUUACUAACUUUGUCUUUCAUGUCUAUAUACAUAAGAUUUUUACAUUUCAUAUACCGGUACUGAUUCUCGGAAUAAGAAUGCCACAGCUCUCAUCUGCAGCUUUUGCACAUUUGAAAAUACUGCAUUUAAGAUCUGAAUAUGCAUUUCAUUCAGCUGAACAUGUGAUUCUGUUUUAAUAGUGGUACUGCACUUUAGACAUCGCUUGUCACAUGACGGUGUUACCAGUUUCUUGAAUCUGCCAGUCUGAAAAUAUAGCUACCAGCUACAUAUACCACUGGUUAGUUUUCUAAUCUAGUUUGGGAUUUAUCAACUUACAACGUAAUGCUGUGGUAUCUAUAAUAUGUAUGCUAUUGAUAGGUUCUUAGCUAAUUGCCUAUCAUUGAUCUUCUGUCGUUCCAUAUAGUUCAGUAAACCAAGUCUUUUUGUUAUUUUAAGAAAUAUCUAUAUUUAACAUUACUCUUCAGUGUCUUGACGAGAUAUUAGCAGAAUUCACCAGGUUAUAACAGUUGAUUGUUGUAGGUUGUAAUUGUGUGAUAUAA